AUGCAUUAUCACAUACCUUCUGAAUGCAUGACACUAGCCUCAAGACCAUUACCUUUUUCAUCUCUCCCAGGUCCUGUUGAUUUACCAGGAUUUGGCAGCAUUUUUAAUUUGCUUUGGAAUGGAGGGUUAAAAAAUCAACAUGAAAUUAUGUACAAGUACCAUCAAAACUUUGGAAAAAUAUUUAAGAUGAAUCUUGGAUUUUUUAAAUCUGUGCAAAUUGGAGAUCCAUCUCUUAUGGAAACCUUUUUUAGAACAGAAAGUAUUUAUCCUAAAAGGAUGGAGAUAAAGCCUUGGAAAAUGUAUAGAGACUAUAGAGGAGAAGCUUGUGGUCUACUUACACUGGAUGGACAAGAAUGGCUUGAAAUGAGGAAAGGAGUACAAUCAAAACUAAUGAAACCCAAAGAAGUAUCCAAAAUGGAUACCAAAAUUAAUGAGGUCAUGGAAGACUUUAUCGCAUAUAUCAACAGAAAAUGUGAUGAAAAUGAGUAUAUUGAUGAUUUAUAUUUUGAACUUAAUAAAUGGUCAUAUGAAACAAUUUGUUUAGUUCUCUACAAUGAGAGAUGUGGUCUUUUGCAAAACAAGUGUAAAGAAGAUGCAUUACUUUUUAUCAAAUCAGUAAAAAAGAUGAUGCACUACUUAGGUCCCUUGAUAGUGACUUCAGCAGAUCUUCACAAAAAAAUGAAUACUGUUCAGUGGAGAAAUCAUACUGAAGCUUGGGAUAACAUAUUAAUGACAGCAAAACGUUGUAUAAAUAAAAGGCUGGCACAACUCUCCACUGAAAAAAAGGAUGACAUACUUAGUGCAAUUUAUUCAGAUAAAAUUUUUACAAAAAAACAACUGCCAGGUCUUUUUGCUGAACUUCAGAUUGGUGGCGUUGAAACAACUGCAAAUUCUUUAAUGUGGUUGCUUUUUAAUCUUUCAAGAAACACUAAUGCUCAAGACAAGCUUCUAGAAGAAAUACAGAAUGUGCUACCAGCAAAGAAAACGCCAAGUGCCGAUCUCUUACUCAAGAUGCCUUAUUUAAAAUCCUGCAUAAAAGAGUCAAUGAGGCUAACUCCUACAGUGCCAUUUACAAGUCGAACACUGGAAGAAGAUACAAGUCUUGGUGGAUUUUUGAUCCCACAGGGAACCAUCGCCAUGAUUAAUUUUCAUGCAAUGUCCUGGAAUGACAAGUUCUUUCCUGAAGCUCGAAAAUAUAAACCUGAAAGGUGGUUGAAUGAAAAACAAACACUUAAUCCAUUUGCUAACAUACCCUUUGGCAUUGGAAAAAGAAUGUGUAUUGGACGUCGCUUGGCAGAACUGCAACUUCAAUUGGCUCUUUGUUGGUUGGUACAGCAUUUUCAGAUACUGGCAACUGAUGAAGAACCAGUAAAAUCUAUUGUCUCUGGCUUGAUGAUACCAGCAAGAAAAUUACCUGUAUCUUUAAAAAGACGGCGGAAAUAUUUACAGAAU